GUGGAGAAGUGUGAGGAAGAGAUACAGAAGGGGAGGGAGAGCGAGCGGGUGAGGGAAAGGGAAGGAGAAGGGGAAAAUGUAGUGAGAAAUAGAGAGAGUAUGAGAGAGGGAGAGAUUGAUAGCAUGUCAGGACUCAGUAGCUUCCUGUUUCUACACUCUACAUUAUACCUUUCAUUUGGAACCUGUCCAGCCAACAGGAAUAGCAGCGUGUGAGGGGACAGCAUCCCCUGCCCUGUCAGAAACAGGCUCCUGCCCAGAAAACAAGCACACACAAUUACACACACACACACACACACACACACACACGUGUGCUGCGGAGAGGACUAUCGACGCAGGGGUGCAUAAUGAAGUCUCAGCAGAAAUGCAUUGUAAUCUUUGCGUUGGUGUGCUGUUUCGCCGUGCUGGUGGCCUUGAUCUUCUCAGCGGUGGAUGUCUGGGGAGAGGAUGAAGACGGUAUAACAGAGGAGAACUGUAACAAGAACUGCAGGGUAGUGCUUGUGGAGAAUAUUCCAGAAGAUGUCACCUUCUCUGAGAAUGCUACGUCCCACCUCCCCCUCUCUGCUGGGCUGCACAGCCUGUUGGACCUGGCAGUGGCUGGUCACUCUGUGGAGAUUGUGUCACCUCAAUGGAACCUGAACCCCUCCGACUAUGAAUCCAGAUUCCUUCAAUCUUCUAGGCAGGGUCAGGCUUUGCUGCAAAGACUGCAGGGGCUGAAGAAGAAGGGAAUCAAUUUGAAGAUAGCCAGUGGAAUGAUCAACUCUUCAGAGCUGAAGAGCCUGUCUCGUCACAGUGAGGUACACUACAUUAACAUGACAGCCCUGACCAAAGGCUUUCUGCACUCUUCUUUCUGGGUGGUGGACAGGCAGCACAUCUACAUCGGCAGCGCCACCAUGGACUGGCGAUCACUGUCCACGAUGAAAGAACUGGGCAUCAUCGUCUACAACUGUAGUUGCCUGGCACUGGACCUGCACAGGGUAUUCAACCUCUACUGGCAGCUGCAGUAUAAGGACUUUAUACCGUCCAUGUGGUCCAAAAGGCUGAGCGCCCUGUGGAACAAAGAUGAGAACCUUCCACUUCUCUUCAACAACACCAAGGCUGAAGUCUUUGUCUCUAGCUCUCCAGAUGUCUUCUGCCCUAAAGACAGGACCAGAGACCUUGAUGCCAUAUCCUACGUGAUCCAAAAGGCCAAGAGGUUCAUCUACAUAUCCAUUACAGACUAUCUGCCUCUCACUAACAGGAAUGCUCACAGAUACUGGUCACGUAUAGACGGGAUGCUUCGUGAAGCCUUGAUCCUGAGGAACAUCGAAGUGCGUCUGCUAGUAAGCUGCUGGGAGCAGACGCAUCCCCUGACCUUUAACUUUGUGUGGUCCCUGAAGACCCUGUGCAUGGAGCUGGCCAACUGUUCAAUGGAGGCUAAGUUCUUCAGCCCCAGGGAACAGAGAGAUGGCACGCUACAGGGAAUCAACCAUAACAGAUUAAUGGUGACAGACAGUGCUGUGUACAUAGGGAACUUUGACUGGGUGGGGAAUGAGUUUACGUUCAACGCUGGAGCAGGCUUGGUGAUCAAUCAGGUGGAGGGGGUGAAAGAGAAGAACUCAACGUUGGUGGAACAGGUGAGGGCUACGUUCCAGCGGGACUGGUAUUCACGCCACACCAAGAGCCUGCAGGCUAACAAGAUCCCAGUCUGCAACAAGCACCAGCUCAACCAACUGGCACAUCUCAAAAUCGCUCAACCAACAGAGCGCAAUGGGAGUAAGGAGAGUCCCAAUGGCUCCCUGUGAAUCCGAAGACGUGGUGCGUUACAAGACUGAUUUAUGCAGGCUUUAAGAGAAAAAUAACAGUUUAAUACUGAAAUCGGACACUGUAGACGUAAUAUAGGACUUGGAGGGCAUUUGUUCCUCUAUUGAACCUUCUGCUUAUUUCAUCCUGACUGUUUCUUACAGAAGACAUUCAUGGGAAGGGAACUGAUCAAAUAAAUUGAUUUUCUAUUGAAUGCUGAACCUCAGUAAAUAUAGUUCAUCGUUAAAUCCAUUUUGCCAAUAAUGACAUCAUUCAUCACAACCCUUUAAAACCCUCUCUGGCCUAAGCAGGUUGGAGCUGCAUGGACAGUAGUGUGGAGAUAUCCUAUACAAAUCUAUACUCCAAAAGGUGUUUACCUGGUGUGUCUUCAAUAUUCAUUUACAAAGUGCAGCAUACCUCCAACCUCGACCAAAUGAACUGGGGCCAUCUGUCUGUUGGACCACAGCUGAUCAAAUGAAACUAAUGGGGAAAAUAGGAAUGCCAGAAACCUCACCUGACUCCUAAGAUAAAGACAUCUAUUUGAUGUUUAUUGUUGCAGAGUAAAGACAAUUAUGCCCCAUUGGCAUUCAUCUAUUUUGGUAUCAUGUCUAAAAUUCUGUUUUGGUCUAAACCAGAAUGUAAACUUACUGGGGUUGAAUCUUGACUCAAUUUCCAGCAUCCAAUUUUAAGUAAAAGUUGCAGUCUUCUAUUCUGCAUAUUUUCUUUGUUGGAAACACUCAAUAGGGUAGAAUAGAUAUUUAACUUGUGAUAGAGCUUUAGGGCUGUUAUGUUUUUAGCAUGAUCACAUCAUUUAUAUAUUAUUAAUUAUUUUUUAAAUGUACCUUUCUGUACUCAAAAGGUGAGCGUCUUGCUUCCUGGAAAGUGUUGAAACCACCAUGUCCCUGGACAGUACUUAGUUUGUAAGGGAUAUGCUAUCAUCUUAUGCAUAGGUUAAAAUGAAAACCAACUGCAGCGGUCAAUAGCAUAUUAACAUUGGAAGGAGCUGAGCUGCCCUUUUAAGGUCUAAGACAAGGAUGGGCAACUGGAGGCCCCCCUUUUGUAGGCCCACGGAUCAAUUUUCAAAGCCUUAAAACAAAAGAUCUGUCAGGGUCUCAACUUACUGUUGAGUUAGAAGAGUAGAAUACACAAGGUGACAUUUUGAAAUUUGGUUGUGCAUCAGCAGUUUCUCUCGUUAUGUCAGUCACUCAAUUAGCCCAUGUCAGCAAAAACAACUGUGAUUGUAAGUUAGUCCUGCGGCCAGCUAUCUAAACUUUUAGUAAUCAUGGUUGAAUUACCAAUUUGGGGGGCCUACAUUGAUGUUGUUAGUCACAUCAUAUUAAAAACUGCAAACAUUUCUCUCCACCCCAUGACAAAAUUAGUAGAAUUGCAUGAAAUGAGUUAUAAAAUUGAGAAAUCUUCUCCGCCUCAUGGCAAAUAUGUAUAGAAUUGCAGGAAAUUAACUCUGAAACGUAUAACUUCCACUUAAUGGCCCCCAAAAGGCUCUGAUUGCAUGUGUGAGUAUGGAUGUGGGUACACAGACCCGUGAGCCACUGCUGCCCCCUAUGAUGAGUUCGGCUUUGUUGUGGCCCCCACCCCCAUCAAAGUCGCCCAUCCCUGGCCUAAGGUAUUUGUUUGGUAAAAUUACAAGACAAUGAUUUUAUCUAAUGGAAUAUUGGUCCUAGAUUCCCAGGGUCUUCGUGAAUAAUUAGGUUUAUUAGGUAUAACUGGAAAAGGGUGUUGAACCAGUGGGACAACAGUAGCUCUCUUUAAAAACAGAUGUUGACUUAUUGAACAGAUAUUGUAAACAAUUGGAGGCUAUUUCAGUCAGUAAGAUCAAUAGCAUGACUUUUUAAAGACUGCUAAACACCAUUUCCAGUUCCCCCAAGGACAUGUUUUGAAAUAAGACCUUAUGCAUUGGACUUAACACCGGCAGAGAAAGUAACCACAGCAACUCUUUACACCACACGCAUGAUACACUUUGCGCCUGAACAUCAAAGAUGAUCAACUACAGGAGUUGUCAAAACCUUUUUAUGAACAUGUCACUCUAAUGACUAAAUUCUGUAUGUAAUAGGCCUAUCUGUGGUGUUUGAUUGGCAUUACACUUCUAUUAAUUCUGUUUCAUCUGUCUUUUCAUAGUAAUAUAAUAUAACUUUCUCCAUGUUUACAGGUAGUUCCCUUCACACAUUAUUUUAUAACUGGGGUUCUGUUAUCAUAUUCUGAUACAAGAAAAAUAUUAAUAGUAAAUUGAAAAAAUAACAAUGCACGUACUUCCUGAAAAUAUUAAUACGUUUGUCAGCGUUAACCAGUACAUAAAUGUAGCAUUAACACAUCUAUGAUGUACACUGCUCUUAUGGCAGACAAUGUUCUUAAUCUGACAGUAAAUAUCUGUACAACAACUUACCCUUUAACUACAGGUAACUGUCAAAAUAUAGGAAACAUCAUCAGUGUCUUAAUAGGGCGUUGGGCCACCACGAGCCGCCAGAACAGCGUCAAUGAGCCUUGGCAUCGAUUCGACAUGUGUCUGCAACUAUUGGAGGGAUGCAACACCAUUCUUCCACGAGAAAUUCAAUCAUUCGUUUUUUUGUUGAUGGUGGUGGAAAACGCUGUCUCAGACGCCGCUCCAGAAUCUCCCAUAAG